AUGAAUCAUUUUUACUUUUCCACAUUCUUUCUAUUUCUUUUGUGUGAUCUUUACUCUGCCCAGAAUGACCCAUUGUGUGGCACCAAUGGGCCGCCAGCAGAGAAAGGGCGAAUUGUGGGCGGUGAAGAGGUAGUGCCGCACUCUUUUCCCUGGGUCGUCUCUCUUGGCUUUAUCAACAAGUUUGGCGAAUACAAGAGCAUCUGCACAGGGUCUCUGAUCACCCCACAGUGGGUACUGUCAGCCGGUCACUGUGUUCGGGGCAUUGAACACGCCCACAAGCCUACAGCUCUUCUCGCUGCACACAGCAUUAAACUGAAAGUGGCCGAGCCGCACAAAGAAGCCGUGCGCCUGGUUAAGUUUGUACGUCACCCGAAGUAUGGCAACCACAAAUCAAAAGAUUUCAAGACGAUGGUCACCAAUGAUGUGGCCCUCUACAAACUGGAGCGUCCGAUGAAGCUGAGCGGCAAUCCGCAUCUGGGCACGGUCUGUCUGCCACCGCAGAACAGCACCUACGAUGCUUAUGUCGACCAGGUGGCCAUCGCCACCGGCUGGGGCAUGACCGAGGACGGCAACUUCCUCAGUCAGUCUUCGGUGCUCAGAAAGGUCAGCCUGCCCAUGGUGUCGACAGACUUUUGUGCAAAGGAGUAUCGCGUAAAAAAGAAGGGCAAUGAAAAAGAGCUUAACACUCUGCUUUGUGCUUACUCGCCUGGAAAUGGCACGUGUCAUGGCGACUCGGGUGGGCCAUUAAUGAUCCGGGCAGGCAUCAACAAUCUUUCU